AGUGGUGUGUACAGUCAGGGAAGCCCUCACUCUCUCACACACACACACACACACACACACUCUCACUCUCACACACACACACACUCAGUGAGUCCGGUGUCUCCGGUGAGGACCGCCGCUCCGCUCUCUGCUGGCUCCACACCCCGAGUCUGAGCGCGUCUCUUCCGCCUGAGAAGCAGCAGCAGCAGCAGCAACACGUCCGGACCGGGGAUCGAACCAGGCUGUAGCGUUGAUCGAGCACCAGCGGGGGGACAUGGCCGAUGGAAGUUUCAACGAGUCGUCCACCGCGGACGUAGCGAAUCGCUUCGCCCGCAAAGGAGCGCUGAGGCAGAAGAACGUCCACGAGGUGAAGAACCACAAAUUCAUCGCUCGGUUCUUCAAGCAGCCGACUUUCUGCAGCCACUGCACCGACUUCAUCUGGGGAUUUGGAAAACAAGGAUUCCAGUGCCAAGUUUGCUGCUUCGUGGUCCACAAGAGGUGCCAUGAAUUGGUCACGUUCUGCUGCCCGGGGGCAGAUAAAGGGCCCGACACAGACGAUCCCAGAACGAAACACAAGUUUAAGAUCCACACCUAUGGGAGCCCCACCUUCUGUGACCACUGUGGCUCUCUGCUCUAUGGCCUCAUCCACCAGGGCAUGAAAUGUGACACCUGUGACAUGAACGUCCAUAAUCAGUGUGUUAUGAAUGUGCCCAGCAUGUGUGGAACUGACCACACCGAGAGGAGGGGCCGUCUGUUCCUCAAGUGCGAGGUCACCGUGGAUAAGCUGGAGGUCACAGUGGGUGAAGGCAAAAACAUGAUCCCCAUGGACCCCAACGGCCUGUCUGACCCAUACGUCAAGCUGAAGCUCACACCAGACCCCAAAAAUGAGACCAAGCAGAAGACCAAAACCAUCCGCUCCAACCUCAACCCCAAAUGGAACGAGUCCUUUAAGUUCAAGCUGAAACCUACAGAUAAGGACCGCAGGCUGUCAGUGGAGGUGUGGGACUGGGACCGGACCACCAGGAAUGACUUCAUGGGAGCCCUUUCUUUCGGCGUGUCCGAGCUCAUGAAGUCUCCAGUCUGUGGCUGGUAUAAGUUGUUGUGCCAGGAGGAGGGGGAAUACUACAACGUUCCCAUCUCAGAGGAGGAUGAUGGUAAUGAGGAACUGAGGCAGAAAUUUGAGGACAAAGCAGAUUGGGAAGACUCUGAUCAGAAAGCCAAACUAGGCCCAGGUAAGAAGAUGAUUGACGAGACGGACGACACCAACUCCGGCCAGCUGCCGUUCAACAGCCUGGACCACGUCAAACUCGACGACUUCUCCUUCCUGGCUGUGCUGGGGAAGGGCAGCUUUGGCAAGGUCAUGCUGGCAGAGAUGAAGGCCAGUGAAGAGCUGUACGCCGUCAAGAUCCUGAAGAAGGACGUGGUGAUCCAGGACGACGACGUGGAAUGUACCAUGGUGGAGAAGAGAGUUCUGGCCCAACAGGACAAGCCGCCCUUCCUCACACAGCUGCACUCGUGCUUCCAGACUGUGGAUCGUCUCUACUUUGUCAUGGAGUAUGUGAAUGGGGGAGACCUCAUGUACCACAUCCAACAAGUGGGGAAGUUCAAGGAACCUCAGGCAGUGUUCUAUGCAGCAGAGAUCGCUGCUGGUCUCUUCUUCCUGCACAAUAAAGGAAUUAUCUACAGGGAUCUGAAGUUGGACAAUGUGAUGCUGGACUGUGAGGGACACAUUAAGAUCGCAGACUUUGGCAUGUGCAAAGAGAAGAUUUCAGAGGGAGUGACUACGCGCACCUUCUGCGGCACUCCAGACUACAUAGCCCCAGAGAUCAUCGCAUAUCAGCCGUAUGGACGCUCUGUAGACUGGUGGGCAUACGGAGUGCUGCUCUACGAAAUGCUUGCAGGACAGCCUCCAUUUGAUGGCGAGGAUGAGGAUGAGUUGUUCCAGUCUAUAAUGGAGCACAACGUGUCGUACCCCAAGUCCCUGUCCAAAGAGGCUGUCUCCAUCUGCAAAGGGCUGAUGACCAAGCACCCGUCCAAGCGUCUGGGCUGCAGCACUGAGGGAGAGCGGGACAUCAGGGAACAUGCCUUCUUCAGACGCAUCGACUGGGAACGCCUCCAGAACCGAGAGAUACAGCCGCCCUUCAAGCCCAAAGUGUGCGGCAAAGGAGCAGAGAACUUCGACAAGUUCUUCACACGCACUCAGACCCAGCUCACACCAUCGGAUGAGCUGGUCAUCGCCAACAUCGACCAGGCCGAGUUUUCAGGGUUCUCAUUCAUCAACCCGCAGUUUGUAAAUCCGAUGCUCAACAGCAGUGAUUGAGGAAGACGAGGGAAACAUCCCGGAAGGAUCUCCCUGCUCACUGCCAACCACUUAAACCAACCGCCAAUCCAACAUCUGACCACAACUUGAUCAAGGCCCAUUUUGUGUAUUUGUUCUGUUCAUAAACAGGAACUUAAGACAUGCAAAUUUGAUCUGUACAAAUAUCUUUGCCAGUAUAGUUUAUAUAGAUUAGAUGGUUUCUGGCCACUACAAGAAAUGGUUUCCUUUAGCUUCACGACUGAAAUGUACUGUAGACCAGGUUGUCCUUCCUUAACCCUGCAGGUUACAUUGAAGGUUUCCCACAACUGGAGCCACUGAGACAGAGGAAUGUCCAGCUUUGUUUGUCUAUGCCAGUAUAUGAUUCAUUUAAGAUAUAAUAGCAUUUAAGACGUGGAUAAUUCUGUGCACAAAUUCAUCCUUACAAAUCUCAAAAGAUUAUCAUUAUAAUCUGCAGAUCUAGUUAAUGGUUACAGUUUGAUUCUAUGUGGAUAAUCAUCACAAUAUACUGUAGAUCUGACUGUAUGUGAUGAGUGGAAAAAGACACAUAUAAUGCAGUGUAGUAGACGCUAUAGCCAAAUAUGAAGGACAGCUGGUGCAGGAGUUGAAACAGCCCCUUGUGAUUCAAUGGUUUCCUGAUUCAAUGUUUACAGUUUUCUUCCCCUUUGAUACAUGGUGAUGGUGUAAACAUUUUUACUUUUAGCACAAGUUGAUUCCCGCCAGUCUCAUUUUUUAAGUGUGAGUAGCAAUUCAUCUAAAGACUGAAGGGUUAUAUUUAAAUGAUACGCAGCCUGUAAUAGAAAAGCAAAUAUGUGAGACACACAUUGAGUCGUCUUCAGUUUAUCAAAAUAAUCAUUGAGAAUAAUGAUUCAUUUAUCUCUUUCCUAGCUGAGCUGCAGAGUUUACACUUACAUUAUCAAUAGUUUUAUGGACACUAUGUGGACACACAUGAAUCAGUUUGGUCUGUGGGCAGUGGCGGUUUAUACUAUAGGAAAUCAAAGCUAAAAAGUUUACAGUUUGUCAUGUUUGACACUAGUGAGUGUUGCCCCUGUCCCUCUCUGCCCACGACUACAGAAUCCUACGUAUGAUCAUAAAUGUGCGAUGAAAACACUCCCGCACACUGUGUGACUUGCAGUGCUAUAAUUAUUUGUGAUAUAAAUAUAAAUAUUAUUCUCUUUAUUAGAAACCAUAUGCCUCGUGAAGAUCUAGCACCAAAAUAUCACAAGUAUGUGCAAGUAAGAUAGUGUGCGGGAGUUUUUGCAACAACGUUUUGUUCACUUUACUUUUUCACCUGCAAUAGAUGUGCAAAUUAUUUUCCUGUUUUAAAUCAGAACUGUCUUAACAGAAUCAGUACAAGACAUUUUGAUGAACAGUUAUUAUAAUUUUGUUUUACAAUAUUACAUCAACUAAUAUUAAUGUGUAUUAACCAUGCAACGUGUUCUUGCAUACAGUAUCAUGCCAUCAAGCGUAGAUAACACAUGAGUCAGGUUUCUUAGACACGGAAGUUGCAAAUCAAAAAGUACUUUUGUCAUUUUGUUGUCCUUAGAAAAAACUUUUCCCUCCUUAUGUCGACAUAAAUCAUUUAGUCUCAUGUCGAUUCGUUUUUAAUCUCCUCACACAUAUUUUUCCAUUAGAUCAGAUGAAUAUUUUAAUGUGUCUAAUAUCAGUGUAUAACUCCUUUGUAAAUAAUCAUGAGUUAUUUAAAAAAAGAGUAUAAGAAGUUACAGUUUUUAUACCAACACCUGAAUGUGCUUUUAUUACAUUAAUUAGACAAACCAAUAUUUGUAUGUGUACCAAAAGAUAAUAAUAACUAAACGACUGCGAAGGUAACACAGUGCAGAUCCACCUUUGAACAACUGGAUGUCUUAAAUAAAAUCCAGAUUUAGCAAGUUGUAAAAAUAUCUGUUCUACUGGUGAAUGCCAGAUUUAUCAGAUUUUUUCUUUCUCCUUUUCCUUUUGAUUUAAUUAAAUUGGAUGAUUUUUACUGCAGAUUGUGUGUUAGUUGGAUGCGUGUCUGGCUGUUGACUGUUCUUCUGUAUCUGCAUGCUGUUGGUAGGUAUCAUUCAUGCACGUGAUACGCUAAAUGCUGCAUGCUACGAAGUAUGAAACCCCCAAAGAGUUCCAACCUUUAAACAAUGCUCCACUCAAAGUCAUCUGUUGUUGUCGUUUCGUCAGUCUUGAAGAACAGCUGCCGGCUUAAAAUUGAUGUUGAUUGCAGUGUUUUCCAAUGGUGAGGGCGUUUUGCUGUGGGGAAAAGUGUCAAAAGCUGUUUGCUCAGGUGGUCUAAACUACACUGCUUCCACCUCAUGGCUCUUUACAAACCAUGUUGUUUGUAGGUCUAAUGAAACCUACAGGAAGACAGAGAGAAUUAUAUAGUUUCACAUUGGGUGAAUUUAAAGUUGGCCAUUAGACAUCGCAGAUAAAUACUCUAAUGCCGAGUUCACACCAAACGCAAAGCAAAGUGGAAAUCUGCAUUGAGAAUGAAACUCACCGGUAUCACAUCCUGGCACCGACCCGAGCUAGCAGGUCAUCAAACACAGUUCCUUGAGCUGUGUGUGCGCGCCUCUGUAUGGUCUUGUUGAUCCUCAAAUAGACGCUGGCUCAUCAGAUGUUUCCACAAGAGGUACAACACAGAAACUGUACUGUGCUGUCACUUUAGCCAGACGUCCUCCUCUCCACUUUUCCAGAGAACAGGCAAACAGUUGGGGUUUGUGUUUACACGCGAGUAAAGCGGCAAGAAACCUCUCUUUGCGUUUGGUUUGAACUCACCACUAGAAUGCUGAUUUCAGUUUAGAUUGUUAGUGAGUUUGAAACAACACAACUGAUUGUAAAACCCUGAAAGUCAGAAUUCUCAGGCGGUUGUGUGAGCUGUGUGUGUGAGCGAAAAGUGAACAACAACAGUGAUUUUGCCAAAUAUAAAAAUCCUGAUUGCAGGUAGUAAAGAGAAAGCAGAAAAGACAUAUAUUAAAUAUUAUGAAUUUAAAUAGAUACUGAUACUUUAUUCUCCUGAAACCCAGUCGCUGGCUCUAGAGCAGUGCCCUUUACAAGCCUGAUAUAUAUAAAUACAGUAUGCGUCCUGGUUCCCUUUGCCUUUUAGGGCAGCGUAGAACAGUGAAUCCAGAUCCAUAGUGAGUUGCAAGGCCAGUGGGACCAGUUGCUCUCCAGUGUCUCAUGAAUGGGGUUUUAUGUUAUAUUCUUAAUGUUGUGUUGUUGUCGAUCUGUUAACGUUGCCAUUUGUUUUGACUGUUUGUCAUUUUUAUUUCUCUAGAUCCUGCUCCUGUAAUUCAGGAAUGUUUUAAAACUGAUAUAUCACAUUGGAAAACUCAUAUCUGACUGAUGUAGAUAGGAACUAUUGAAACGUAGUGUUUUCUCCAUGUGUUUUUCUUUCUAAGAGUCACGCUCUCCUGCCGUGUUUCCUGUCGUGUAAAAACCUUUUGCAUGUGCCAAACCUGAAAAAUGCCAGAACCCGACAAUAGCAGCGUUGCACUAGCUGUAGUCACGUGGAUGACUCUUUGUGAGAGCUUCUCCCUGUACGGCCUGAGACCGGCCUAAAGCCACACAUAGCAUAUACACAGUACGAGCAUGAUGAUGAUGCCAUGAUUAGCGUAUUAUUACUAUAUUCUCCGGCCUGUUCAAAGUGAUGUCUGAAAAUCAUUUUAGCUUGUGGAGCAUUUAAUUUAACAUCCACAGUGAAUUUCUCUGAAAUAUUACUUGUACAUACUCGGACCUAAGUCAGCAACAGUCUCGGCCUCGUCCGAGCCGAACGCUAACCUCCGUGUUUGUAGACUUAGUCGUCUAACAACCAUCCCUUUAAUGGAAUCAAGGCUACUCAAGUCUUCUUACUUAAAUGUUUUCAGAAUAUCAAGUCACAGUCAACGUGAGCAUGAAAAAACAAAAACAGAUUAAUACUCUCCCAGUGUGUGCCUUUCCCAACUUCACCCCCCUUUUAAUCCUCAUCCUCCUAACGUCUCCAUGUGACUCCAUCACUCGACUUAAUGCGUUUUAAAUACAAACGACCCUUGUUCAUUUACUCAGUUCUACUCUGUUAGUGUUUCAGCUCACCACACGUGAAUCCUCAUGAAUGUAAAUAAAAGAAUCUUUUGAAAGAAAAAAAAUAAUAAAAAUCACCUCUUCACACUUCCUUUCACCUUCGCCACGUGUGUGCAUCAGAGUUGUAUGCACAUUUGAUUGAUUGACACCGAUAACCUUUACAGUCUCAUCCCUGUCUGCUCGCUUUACCUUUACCUCCCUGUGCCUAUUAAUGACUGAAUGAUGAAGGUGAUGGAGACAUCUGUCGGCAGUAGACAUUCGAACAAUGAACAUGUGAUGGUUCAGUGGGAGACGAUGGUGUCUCGUUUGAAGGACAACCCUCCUGUGCCUCGUCACAUUGAACCGUCCCUCCCCUCGUUCGUCUCGUGCGCGCCCUCUUUCACGCCAUACCUGCUCUUCCUUCCUUCCUUCAGUGCCUGGGCCCAAAGUCAAUCCAUCGUCUUAUCGACAGUGUCCUCCUCCUUCUUUCACUCCUUCAAAUCCAUCAGGCCGGGAGGGCUGUUGACUCCUCUUGAACGAUUCACUCCACACAGUUGGCGUCACUCUUCCCUCCUCCUCCUCCUCCUCCUCCCCCUGUAUUGAUUCACACCACAGGACAGGGAUUAGCGAAUUGAUUUUUCUUUGUUAAUGUUUGUUUUGUUUGCUUCAUCCAUUUUUUGUUAGCAAGUGAUUAGGACAUCCAAAAGAUUGUGAAGUCAAUUCUUCCGAUGUAUAGAUAUAUGAGAGAGAGAAAGAUCUUUAUGAUUUAUUUUCUCCAAAUUCGUACAUUUCUCCUUUUCUUUAUUAAACACCUUUCUUCUCUGUAGCAAGUCAUUACUCUCCCCUCUGUGUCCUGUUUGCUGUGAGAUGAGAGAGCUGAAGGGAACUGCCGUCUCUGUGGCUGUACACAGAGCACAGGAUCAGCGAUGUGCAGGAAUGCCUUAUCUCCUAAACCCAAACAUCAGCGCGGUCUCUAACGCUCCUCUCUUCGUUCAUUCAUAACCUCAGCAUCCCCUGUACGUUGUACAUAAAUGACUUACAGUAGAUAGCUAGACUGUAAAAGAAAGAAUAUAAUGUAUUUUGCAAAUGUUGUUUGUUUGUUUUCUCUCCUCGUCAGCCUGAAAACCUUUCAAAUGAGUCUGAGCUUCUUACCUAGUAACUGAUUGUCUCAUUUGUACCUAAUGUAUGAUAAUGCUAAUAAAAAAAAGAAAAUGACA